ACUUCAACCUCAGAUAUGCAUCUCCAAAUUAUUCUGUUUGCGUUUCUAUGUUCUACCUUAACUGCUCAGAACAGCGAAGACUAUGAUCUCAUGUAUGUGAAUCUGGAGAAUGAAAUCGAACACGAAAUUCUUCCCACUGAAGACACCCCUUCAUGUGACUGCCGGGCAGAACUCACAGAAUGGGAUAAGCUCUUCGUCAUGCUAGAAAAUUCACAGAUGAGAGAGAGGAUGCUGCUUCAGACCACGGAUGAAAUCCUUAAGGUGGAACUGCAGAGUCUGCGAGAUGCAACGACUCAGCUCCUAACCAACUCCGUUGGCGCCUGCACCAAAGUCAUUGAGAAAAUCACAUCCCAGGCAGACCAAAUGCUCAAAGGAAAUGGCGAGGCAGCUCAAGAACUCAGGAUGCCUCCUGAAUUGAAACUGGGGAAGAUGCUGGAAGAGGUGCUUUUGGUGAGCCACAAUAUGUCAAACAGACUUAGCCAGCUUGAGAAUGCUCGGCAAAGAACCGCCGAAGCAGGGGCUCGAGAAAUGACGGUUCAGAAGAAGGACAGAGCCAGUGUGGAGAGCAUCUUUAGCUCAGUGUUGCAAGAACUACAGCAGACACGAGCUGAAUUACAGACAGCAAAAAGAUGGGCAGCUCAGCAUUUACUGCCAGCAGGUUGUGAAAUGGCUAUUUUAUUUCCGAUGCGUUCCAAGAAGAUUUUUGGAAGCGUUCAUCCCGUGGCAGAGAUGAAGCUCCACUCCUUUAGUGCCUGCACUUGGGUCAAAGUGACAGAAGUGUUAAAUAAGACUAUCUUAUUCUCCUAUGGCACAAAAAGGAAUCCAUAUGAAAUCCAGCUUUACCUCAGCAGUCGGUCUGCGGUACUCACAGUGAACGGUGACCGGAAUAAGAUCACUGCCGCUAAUGUGACGUCACCGGGAAAAUGGACUUAUCUGUGUGGCACAUGGAGUUCGAAGGAAGGGAGCAUGUCAUUAUGGGUAAAUGGAGAAAUGGUAAUUUCUACCUCAGGAAUGUCAACAGACCACAUCAUUCCGGAGGGGGGAAUUCUUCAAAUAGGCCAAGAAAAGAAUGGUUGCUGUGUAGGUGGUGGUUUUGAUGAAGCCUUAGCCUUUUCCGGAAGACUCACUGGCUUUAAUAUCUGGGACAGAGUUCUCAGCAGUGAAGAGAUAAAGUCACAGACUCAAGGAGAAGAGUCAUGUAACAUCAGAGGCAAUGUUGUUGGGUGGGGAAUUACAGAAAUUCAGCCUCAUGGUGGUGCUCAGUAUGUUUCCUAAUGCUUGAAUGUAAAGCCAAAGAAUGAUAUGCCACAUUCAAACAUUAAAUGUAUGCCAAUUAUAGGGUCUUUGGAUUUCAGUAUCUAAAUCAAAUCCUCCAUGAAAUGAGGUUAAGAGGGCUGUGGUGUAGGACACUCUUAAUUUACUCUUGUUUUUUUUACAGAACAUCAAAUGAGCUGAUCUA